AUGGCCUGCUGUUGGAAGUGGGGACUGUCCUUACAUUGGCUGGUCCUGGAAGGCCUCAUUGUGGAGGAGCGGAAAGUGGGGCUGGCGCCCGGCGAUGUGGAGCAAGUCACCUUGGCGCUCGGGGCCGGAGCCGACAAAGACGGGACCCUGCUGCUGGAGGGCGGCGGCCGCGACGAGGGGCAGCGGAGGACCCCGCAGGGCAUCGGGCUCCUGGCCAAGACCCCCCUGAGCCGCCCGGUCAAGAGGAACAACGCCAAGUACCGACGCAUCCAAACUUUGAUCUACGACGCCCUCGAGAGACCGCGGGGCUGGGCGCUGCUCUACCACGCGCUCGUGUUCCUCAUUGUCCUGGGAUGCUUGAUUCUGGCCGUGCUGACCACAUUCAGGGAGUACGAGACCGUUUCGGGGGACUGGCUGCUGUUACUGGAAACAUUUGCUAUUUUCAUCUUCGGAGCCGAGUUUGCUUUGAGGAUCUGGGCUGCCGGAUGUUGCUGCCGAUACAAAGGCUGGCGAGGAAGACUGAAGUUUGCCAGGAAGCCCCUGUGCAUGCUGGACAUCUUCGUGCUGAUCGCGUCUGUACCCGUGGUGGCCGUGGGAAACCAGGGCAACGUGCUGGCCACCUCCCUGCGCAGCCUGCGCUUCCUGCAGAUCCUGCGCAUGCUCCGCAUGGACCGCAGGGGCGGCACCUGGAAGCUCCUGGGCUCGGCCAUCUGCGCCCACAGCAAAGAGCUCAUCACCGCCUGGUACAUUGGGUUCCUGACGCUCAUCCUUUCUUCAUUUCUUGUCUACCUGGUUGAGAAAGACGUGCCAGAAGUAGAUGCCCAAGGAGAAGAGAUGAAGGAGGAAUUUGAGACGUAUGCAGACGCCCUUUGGUGGGGCCUGAUCACACUGGCCACCAUCGGCUACGGAGACAAGACCCCCAAAACAUGGGAAGGCCGGCUGAUUGCAGCCACUUUUUCCUUAAUCGGCGUCUCCUUUUUUGCCCUUCCAGCGGGCAUCCUGGGGUCGGGGCUGGCACUCAAGGUGCAGGAGCAGCACCGGCAGAAGCACUUUGAGAAAAGAAGGAAGCCGGCUGCUGAACUCAUUCAGGCCGCCUGGAGGUAUUACGCUACCAACCCAAACAGGCUUGAUCUUGUGGCAACGUGGAGGUUCUAUGAAUCCGUCGUCUCUUUUCCCUUCUUCAGGAAAGAGCAGCUGGAGGCAGCAGCCAGCCAAAAGCUGGGUCUCUUGGAUCGGGUUCGCCUUUCUAAUCCUCGUGGUAGCAAUACUAAAGGAAAGCUAUUUACCCCUCUGAAUGUAGAUGCCAUAGAAGAAAGUCCUUCUAAAGAACCAAAGCCUGUUGGCUUAAACAAUAAAGAACGCUUCCGCACCGCCUUCCGCAUGAAAGCCUACGCUUUCUGGCAGAGCUCUGAAGAUGCUGGGACAGGUGAUCCCAUGGCGGAAGACAGAGCCUAUGGGAAUGACUUCCUCAUUGAAGAGAUGAUCCCCACCCUGAAGGCCGCCAUCCGUGCCGUCAGAAUCCUACAAUUUCGUCUCUAUAAAAAAAAAUUCAAGGAGACUUUGAGGCCUUACGAUGUGAAGGAUGUGAUUGAGCAGUAUUCUGCAGGACAUCUCGACAUGCUUUCCAGGAUCAAGUACCUUCAGACAAGAAUAGACAUGAUUUUCACCCCUGGACCUCCAUCUACCCCAAAACACAAGAAGUCUCAGAGAGGAACAGCGUUCACCUACCCAUCCCAGCAAUCUCCCAGGAAUGAACCAUAUGUAGCCAGAACAUCGACAUCAGAAAUCGAAGACCAAAGCAUGAUGGGGAAGUUUGUGAAAGUCGAAAGACAGGUUCAUGACAUGGGGAAGAAACUGGACUUUCUCGUGGAUAUGCACAUGCAACACAUGGAAAGGCUGCAGGUGCACGUCACAGAGUACUACCCGACCAAGGGGGCCUCCUCGCCAGCUGAGGUAGAGAAGAUCGAGAACAACAGAGAUUCUGGUUUGAAAACCAUCAUCUGCAACUAUUCCGAGACGGGCCCCCCCGAAGCCCCCUACAACUUCCACCAGGUGCCCAUUGACAAGGUCGGCCCCUAUGGGUUUUUUGCCCACGACCCAGUGAACCUUCCCCAAGGGGGACCUGGUUCUGGAAAGGUCCAAGCGACACUUGCCUCCUCAGCAACACCGUAUGCAGAGAGGCCCACCGUCCUGCCCAUCUUGACUCUUCUCGACUCCCGAGUGAGCUGUCACUCCCAGGCUGAACUGCACCGCCCCUGCUCAGAUUGGGUGUCCCCUCGGCAGAGACGGAGCAUCACGAGGGACAGUGACACGCCCCUGUCCCUGAUGUCGGUCAACCACGAAGAGCUGGAGCGGUCUCCGAGUGGCUUCAGCAUCUCCCAAGACAGAGAUGAUUACGUGUUUGGCCCAAAUGGGGGGUCAAGCUGGAUGAGGGAGAAACGCUACCUCGCCGAGGGUGAGACCGACACGGACACAGACCCCUUUACACCCAGUGGCUCCAUGCCUCUGUCAUCCACAGGGGAUGGGAUCUCUGAUUCCGUAUGGACCCCUCCCAACAAGCCCAUUUAAAAGGGGUCAUGGGCUGAGUCCUCCUUGUAAUGUAGACAGACUUUGUAUAGCUUACUUGCUCUCACACCCGACACUUACCAGUGAAACCACCAGUGGCUGCGUCAAACACAUGCAUGUGCGUGGCGGCCUCCCACCCAGGCAGGGGCUUCUCAUGGCCUUCUUCCUCCCCAGGCACCACAGUGAAGCCGCUUCCUUUUAAGCAUGGUUUGCAUGACUUUACAAUAUAUAAAUCGUACCGCUAAUCUCUUCUAGGAUACACAUUUAUCUGCUGUUCUUACUUUAAUCAUGAUCGGACCAGUACGGGGAGAAAUUAUCGACGAGCCGUGCUAUUUGUCUGUUUGGGUUUUGGUUUGGUAAGCAGGGAAUGUAGUUUAAGUUAUUUCUCGAACCACUGCCCCUUUGUGUAACACAGUUCAGUGAUUAACUCUUUUCUACAGCAAGCAACUAAUUUGCUUGGUAAAAAUGCAUUGUGUAUCGAUGAGGUGGCCAACUGAGCUAAAACGCGAGGUAAGGCACAAGAUAGUCAUCACCUAUCCAAAACCAAGAUUUUUAAAAGUUAUUGAUUAAGGAAAAACUAGCAAAACCAUCUUAAAGCUCUCAAAGGGACCUCACUUGGUCUGCCAUUGUCUGGUAUCAUGCCUCAGUUUCCUCAUCUGUGGUAAUCCCAAGUGUAGCAUUUUGAGUGACUUAUGUAUUGACGGGGAGAAAAUACAUACACAUGCACACUCACACACAAGUUCAAAUAGUUUCCAAUUUAUGUAGCCAAAGAUAAUGAAAUGUACCAGAAGUAGGGUGCCCCUCUGGGCAGGAGCUAAGUUCAGUGCCUUCAAAAUGAGGUUUCAGCUCACAUUCCUCCCCCUGAUACUUGUUCAAAAUAUCCAUCUCAAAUGAAAAUUGGAAACCAGAAAUUAUCUGGUCCAAGUUCUCCUUUGUAGACAUGAGAAACCUUUGACUCCUGUAGAGACACACCAGGGUUGGUCCUUCGUCCCCUGGAGAUCCGGGAGUCCAAGUCUAGUCAGAUGACUCACUCCACACCCUGGUCUCCUCCUACCACACCAUUCUUCCCUUUAUACAAUGGGAUCCAGAAAUUGUACCAAGACACCUGUCCUCUGUGUCGUGUGGAAAGCACCCACAACACAAUUUAUCCAGCAAGAGGGGGCUGUUUGCUUUUAUUGCAAAAUGUGUUGCUUGAUGCAUUGCAUUUUGGAUCUAGAAAAACAAAAACACUACAAGCAAGCAUCAACCUUUAUUAAUAUGCAAAAGGGUAAAAUUUUCAGAAUUAUCCAAUUCUACUCCAGAUUUUUUAAACCACACGUAGCCAUAUGAUUAGUCAUAGUGCAAGCAGACCCCCCGAGAGCACUGCCCUAGUGAAGAAGUAUUCCAUAUUAAGCACAAGCCCUCUUGUGGCCUCUUAUGAGAUGUUACCACUCUUUGAAACACUUUGAUGGAACAAGGUUUCUGUUAGGCUUGGGCUGGAUUCACUAAAUGACUGCCACAAUGUCGCUGUCUCCCUGUUAUCCCACAUCUAAGCAUUGGUUGUGGGUGGUUACCAUGGUGGCUGUCAAGAUGAUCAAAAGGGCCUAACCGUCUACCUGCAAAUGCCACUGAUGUUCUCCUUACAGUCUCGUCAAGAGCUGCAGUGGCUGUGGCAGACAGCCGGUCGAUGGUUUCGUCAUGACCUGAUGCAAGAAUCUGGUACUAUGUUAGAACUAGGGAAGAACUAGUUUCUCAGAGAUUGGCUCCUUUCGACCCCCCUGUCAACAGGUACCGUGCAAAAGACUCAGAGUACAAUAAUAAGGAAAGUUUGGUCCCUGACUUGAGCAGUGCACAACCAAAGCCUGUAGUCUUUGGCCCAGGGCAGGCAUUGUCAGAAGUAGAUGGGAUUGUGCAUGGAGAAUCUCACAAACAGGGUGGUGUUGACGUUGAGGUCUGAGAUGAGAAAGACACAGAAAUGAUCAUACACUUCAGAUAUGAACCCCCUCCUCCAUGGUGUGCCAUUUGACCUUCUAGCACUCUGAAGGGCAAAGGGAAUACAUCAUGUGCAUGAAAGGGCCAUUGAAGUUAAUGACCUAAGAUACCCUGUGCCCCUUCCUUAGGGUUGGUUCUUGCUUCUGACCUUCCUGGAAUCUUUUACUACAAAUGAUUGAGCUACUAUCAUCUAACACACUACUAUGGUUUUCUUUAUGUACAUGAGUUAUAUGAAAAAAAAAACCUGGAGAGUCCAACUCUCUACAUAUGCACCAAUUAUUUUUACCUACCUUAUGAAUGAAUAUUUUUGCAGAAACCGACUGGCCUGAGUAUCUUACAAAUAGAUGCAUUUGCCAGGAACUCAAUGGCAUCCUCAACAGGACAAGUGACACUUUCUCAUCCUCAAGCUAAAAAUAGUUACCAUGGAUCCAAAGUCAGAGGACUGCCUUAGGUUCUUUUAAAAACCUACAAAGGAUAAGAGCUUAUAUUAUCUCUUAAACCACAGGAGGAUAGCCUAGCCUCGUCUGCUGGGUCAUGAGGCCAGGAUGACAGGGACUGGGUUUGUGUCAAUUAUCAUCGUGUCUCCAACAUGUAGUGAACUGUCAUUAUCAGUGUAGACAAAUAUAAAACAUACUUUUCAUGAAUGACUACAUGAUAAGACUUUUUAAAAAGCCAUUCUUUCCCAUCUAAAAAAGAAAAGAGAAAGAAAAGAUCUUCUGGAAUAUUCUGCUUUGCUAUCCCUUUUAAAAAAUAGUCAUUCCAGAAAAGCAAGCCAAGUCUGUUCAAGUUGUCUGCUCACAAACCACAUCAUCAUUAUGGUUGGCAUUGAUGAAGCAGAAAUUCAAGGUGUAACGUUGAACUUAAGUUAUGGGGAGAAACAACAUGUGCUUCCACAAAGACCUUUUUGUCAGACAAAACAACAGCCUGGUGGAAAAGCCCAGCAGAACUGGCUAAUAACAUGGUCCAAGAUUUUCCUAUGUCAGAUACACCAGUAGCCCCAAAGCUUGCCAGGGAAACUGCAAUAGUUUUAGCAGAAAUCAUGAAAUCAUGACAAAUUAAUUCAAUUGUGAAAACUAGCAGAAUAUCAUGAAAUCAUGGCAAAUUAAUUCUAUUGUGAAAACUAGGAAUUAUUUCAAGUGGAACCUAAUCCCAUUAUAGGCAUUCAGUCUAUGUGUGUCAUACUACGAUAUAUGAACACCUCAAAAGGUCAUUUUUUAGCAGAAUCAAAAUGAAUGAGAUAAAUAUAUCUUUGAAAUGUUAGGUGAGAGGUGAUCCUGUCAGGCUGAGGAGAAAACAGUUGAGAUCAAGUGUGUGUUUUAACCAUCAAACACCAGCACACAAGCAAACACAAACAGUUUAAGGGAAAAAAAAAUUGUGAGAGGCAAAGAAAACCCAUCAAAUUGAGAAAGUUCUAUUCACUGACUAUUCUCUUUUUGGAAACUAAGAGCUUGGACUUCGUAGACAUAACAUUGAUAUAAUAAAGCUCUGGCUUCAAUGAAAACAUCUAGAAAGCACCAAGAUAUACUAUAGUUCAAAAUGAUCUAAUUAGUCAACAAUGAAUGUAUUAUGCCUUGCCAUUUUUGUGCAAGGCAGUUUCUAGACACUAAGUUGAAAGAAUAAUUACUUGUAGAAAAUCCUAAUAUAAUAGGAUAUACUCAUAAUUUGCAAGACCAGUUCUCCUAAAUCCAUGCCACUCUACGGAGAAUGUAAUAAGAACAUUAAUUUGUUUACUCAUUUACAAGAUUUAUGAAGCACUGCUGUCUGCUAGGCACUGUGCAACACACUGGAAAUUCAGAAUUAAGAAAACAACAGUUUCUGCCACCAAAAGGCUAGGAAUCCAGUGGUCUCAAAUACUGGAGGUCCCUACAAAUUAUGUCUAUCAGGAAUGGAAAGUAUAUGACUUUAUCCCUGAAGACAACUGUAUGGAUAGGAACACUUCUUCAUGUGGAAUCAGUGGGAGAUUGAGGAAAGUAAGAGCAAGAAUUCUCCAUCAAAAUGAUAAUGAUCUCAUCAGCUCAGGGAAGACUGAGUGAGUGGUUGAAGGACUUUGAGUUUGGGUUUAAUGUGUUGGGCUUUAGAGCUCCAGACAAGCUGGAUACAAAAGAAGCUUUAGAGUAUUUUAGAAGGUCCUUGGGGAAAAAUCAGCUUUCUCCUCCUCUCCAAAUCCUACAAUGAUUGAGUCCAGCCAAGAAGCUGGGCUGCCUCCAUUUCAUUAUGUUUAUCAAGAGAAGUUUAUGGUUCUAGCCAAGACACAUAUAAUUCAAGAGAAAGGUGUCGCUCUGCCUAUGGGACUCUGCUAAUCAAAUUGUCCUGGAGCAAGAGAAGGAAUUUGUUCAGUGGUCUAAGAAGUUGACUGCACAUUGGACAGUAGUGACAAGCAUGCACCCAGCUUCUCCCAGAAGAUGCCAUGUGGCUGGCCUUUGUUUUCUGUGAAUAUGCUUCCAAGGCACUUAGGACCAUAUGGAUUUUCUUUGCUUUCUAAACCCAGCCUUCCUUAGUAAUUUGCCUCAUGUCGUCACUUGUCCUUGGAGGCUUGCUUAUUUGGAGAUGAACUUUUUAAGACUAGAAGUCCUUUUUUGGCAUCCAAAUCACCCAAAGUUUCUAUGUUACUUAUAUUUCACUACUCAAAACUGAGCUAACAGUUCCCAAAACAAGGCAGCAGAUAGCACCUCACUGAUGCCCUGGUUAGAACAUGUUAAGAACCAGGCUAAUUCUAGAGCUUUCAUGGAUUGGGAAACCAGCAGUGGAAAUCUCAAAGAGAUAGGAAGGAUCUAAAAAUGACCUGGAGGAAAAUUUGAGUUUCAGGACACUCAAAAGUGUUCAGCUUUCCAGGUCUAUUUUGAUUUUCAAGUGAGACAAUCAAUAUAUGUAUAUAUAUAAAGCCCCUAGUAAAAUGGUGGCUGGGGACUCUUACACAUGUGCUUUUUCUAAUACUGUAAGUGGACAGCAUUGUGUCAGUCUUUGGUAUUAUUUAUGAACUCUAAAUUUACCCCAGGAAAUCUUUUUUUUUAAUGGUGUAGAUACAAUCCCAAUUCAGGCACUUUUGCAUUUUUUUAAGUACAUCUCUACCAGUGAAAUGAGGAAGGGCAGGAAUGUUGGAAUGAAGGUGGCAGGACUGUUGGGUUGCAGUUGACUGGGUUGUGGCCAUUCCAUUGGACACACAAUACCACCUGUUGUACCAUCCCAAUGCCAAGUAGCAGGAAUAAUUAAACGUGAAGGAACUAGUGGUUGCAAUGAGGAAAGUUAACCAAGCCAUGAUGUCUGUCAGAAAACACCCUAGCAAUGAAUGGAGAGUUUCCAGAAGAAAAGUCCAAGCUUACUCAGACUCUCCCCAGGGGGAUUUGUUCCCAGCCUCUAACAACCUCAGUUUUGUUAUCCCUGUAGGAAAAGUGUGACUAGUAGCUUGCUUUAUUAUAAUCGAUGCAAAGAGAUACAAUUUCACAGAUGCUUGAUGCUCAGAGUAUGAAGAGCCCUUGAUCUCCAAGAACAACCACCUCUCUUCUCAGAUCAGGAAGCAGAAGCCCAGAGUAAAGGGAGUCACACCAGUCAUUCAGUGGCUGAAUAAGUGAUUGGGCAGCAGAGUGAAUCAAGAACUCAGGUCUGAUAACUCCUGAUCCAGAUAUUAGAGAUCAGACAUGGACAGGAAAGUAACAGCCUAGAAGAAAACAUUACAGGUGGGCCCAGAAGAUGAAUGAGAACUUCCUGGCCCACUCAAGAAACUGCUAAACCAGAUGCAUUGAUUGGAACUCAUCCCUAUGUCUGGAAUGUGAUUGAUCUCAUGCCUUGAAAGAUGACAAGGUUCCUUCUCCCAAGAUUGUGCUGACUCUCAGAAGGCCUGGUAAAACCUACUGCUGCUAUGUGCGGUUGAGAGAAGAGAUAAGGAACAGCCUCGUGGCCAUGCGAUCACUCUCUGUCACUUCUCAGACCUCUACCACUCUUCCCCAUCCUUGUCCUGCUAAGCCUGAACUGGGUCUGCUCUUUGGCCCCCUCCCCUGAACUCAUACAGCUCCAAAGCCUUGCCUCAGGUUGUAUCCUCAUCCAGAAGAAAUUUAACAGGAUUCUUCCUUGAGAAAACAAAAGUCUGUAGGUUUGAUUUUAGGAUAUACAAUGUGAUUUCUUUGGGGAUCAACAUGACCCCAAGUUAUUAGUUCUUCUAAGAUGUCUCUUUGCAGUGGGAUCUUUGUCUCUUGCUUUGUCCCAGAGCACACCCUUGGUGGCCGUGUCACAAUGGCACUCUAGGAUUGUCACCAAAAGUUACAAAGAAGCAUACAGGAUCCAACUUAAGAUACCUUACGUUUGCGUAACUGGGAAACUAUUUUAGAAAGUAAACAGGCCUCUGUUGGCUCGAAUGAGGAUUAACAUAGUCAGUCUCCACGUAUGUAGUGCUUGGGAUAGAUUUGCCAGAAUUUGGUAGGCCUCCUGAUAGCCCAUGCUAAACCCCAUAAAAAGAUGUUCAGGUCUCCUGAAUCAGUCUGAACCAGAAACUCCUAAGACAAAGUCAGAAAGAUGGCAGUAAUUUUAGACUGUCAUUCCACUUGUCUUCUUAGCCUCUAAAUAGCCCUGCUCUGGGGUUUAAAUAAGUUUCAGGAGGAAAUAAGUCAAAAAUGGGCUCUAUAUAAGAAUAACCUGAGUGUGCUUAUAAUUAAGCAGUCAAAAGCCUGGCCUGGUGCUUAGGAAUAUAUUUGUAAUUCCUCUUAGAUUUGUCAAAUGAAUUAUAAUCUGAUGGCCAAGAGGAGUGAAAAACGGAACUUUUUUCUACCAGUGUUCCAUUCUCUCCCUCUGCCCACAAGACAGGUCUGGGAAAGGGAGAGGAACUUACCCAAAAUGUCUUUCUGAGUGGCAUAUGAUAUGGUGAUCUCUCUCGACUUCCUGCAGUCCUCACCACAACCCCAUGUAGGUAGUGUUAUUGUCUCCCUCGUAUAUUUGAGAAAACUAAAGCUGGGGGAAGGAGGGAGGGGGGGGAAAUACAUUGCCAAAGGUCACUCAUUAUAGAAGUGCUGGGUUUGUAACCAAAGCUCAUGUACCUUCAAAGUUCAUGUCUCCCCCUACCGAGUCUCCCACAUGGAUGGAAAUGCUCCCACAUCAUGCCCUGUGGUCCUGUACCAUGACUUGCCCUCCUAUGUCCAGUUGACUUUAUAGGAAAACAAUAAAGCCCAUUGGUUCCCUGGAUAGAGUAGUGAUCCGGUGUCAGCUGCUCCACUUGGCUAUUCAGUGGGUCCUGCCUAUCCCUUUGAGUGGGCUCACAAUCCAACUGUUAGUGGCAGAAAAUAAUGCCACAUAAAUUCUUCACCUUGUUCAUGGUGGAAGCUAUUAGUUCUUAGAGCUUGGUGUGGCUGGAGAUAAUCCUGCAAACACCCCUUAUUCUCUCCUCUGACCCUAAGCAUCUUCUGUCAUUGCUUUAUCCAAAUUCAAAUGUCCUUUCUGACUCUGGUCAUUUAUCUCUAGACUGUACCUUUAUGUCAGGGCUUUGACAUCCUGCAGAAACACAUGAGUCUGCAAAAACAUUCUUUGGGAGGCCAAACGCUCAGAACAGUUGUGUUUCUCUUCCUCUAUAUAAAAAGAUCACAGGUCCCAGUGGAAGUCAACCUGAUCUGUUAAUUGGGCCCUUUUCCUCCUCUGAAUACUUUUUCAUGUGAAGAGAGAGCAACUCCACCCUCCACGUUCCUCGAGGGUUAAGAAUCCACAUGCGAGAACAAUCUCCAAGAUGGAUGGCAGCCAUUUUUCAAGUGUCAGAGAUUUUGCUGUUGGGGACAUGAGGCAGGCUCUGCCCCAUCUUAAAAAUCACCUUAGCAAGAUGGGUCUACUUCAUCAGAUUGUCAAUCAUUUUAUGUUUUCAAGAGAAAAAUGCUCUCUACAUUGCUUUCAGUGGGAUAUGGCUUUUCUUCCUUUUUUUUUUUCUUUCUGAUGUAGCAGUGAUGGAAAACACCAGAAUCUGCAGAGCAGAUUGAUGCUUCCAAUGACAUGAAUCCAUUGUAUUUUAUUUUGGAUUGUAUUUUCUUUAACCCCCUUAAAAUGGCAUAGAAUUCUGGUGCCUUGCUCCCUGAAUUUUUCUCCAUGCUACAAGUAGGCUUUCUUCACAUUCUGGCUUACACGGGAACACAACUAUUCCACAAGUGGCCUUUAGUGCUCUUUAUAAUAUGAUUUCCUGUAAUUUUUAAACUGUAUGUGUAAUUUCUAUUCUGGCUCUGGCCAAUAUUUGAACAACUUUAAUCAGUUGAUUUCCAUAUAUAUUAUGCAAACACUUCUUACCUGAUUUUUUAUGUUCUAUCUUAAAACAAAUACUGCACCACUUAUUAAUAAAUAGACAUUUCAAUGAU